GAUUUAAAAUAUAUUUCAGUUUAAAGAUGAAUGAAUCGAAAAGUUUAAUAUCCUUGGCCAGAAGAUUUAACAACGUUAAUCUAAUAGAACUCCAGAGUACGGGAUAUCUUCCUUUCAAGUUCGAAGAAACAAGAAUCGGAACGAUUUCUCCGUUAGUUUUAGAGGAGAUGAAACCACAUCCAAGUAUUUUCUCCAUAACCCCGGAAUGUGUCCGACUCAACCAGGAUCUAAAAUGCUAUGAUGAGAGGAGCGACGAGUUGCGGAAGUUCAUGGAGGAGAUGAGAGAGAAGAACUUGUUUACAGCUCUGGUCGGAUGGAGAGAUGAAUGCUAUGAGACCAGGCUCAAGUUUGGAGAUCCUCCAAUCUUUAAGGUUGAAAGAGCUGGAACCCCUAUCCUAGGUCUCCGGCAGUACGGAGUUCAUAUUAACGGAUUUGUUAAAACAUCAGAGAAGGGAAGAUCAAUUUGGAUUCAGCGAAGAUCAAAAAAUAAACAAACAUAUCCAGGAAAGCUAGAUACAUUCGUUGGUGGAGGGUUUGCAGAAGGUUCUGGUGUUCUCCAGACAGCUAUCAGAGAACUUGAGGAGGAAGCAGGACUGAUCCUUCCUCCACAUCUUAAACUUAAACCCUGUGGAAGCGUUUCAUUUUUCCAUAUCUCCGAACGUGGACUCCAUCCUCAAACAGAGUUUGUUUAUGAUCUCGAGCUCCCGCUGGACUUUCUACCAGAGAACAAGGACGGAGAAGUUCAAGGGUUUGAGUUGGUUAGGUCGGAUCAACUUAUUAAUCUCAUCCAAACCGAGGAUUACAAGACGACAAGUAUUCCUGUAGCUCUGGACUGGUUAGUGAGACAUGGUUUCCUCUCCUCAGAAACCGAACCUUAUCUUCCAGAACUGAUAGAGGAGCUACACACUCCGCUUCAUAUAUUCUACAAUUAAAUUUGAGAAAAUUUACAUAAAUAUGACAAGCCCUUAAAUACAGUAUUAAGUUAGA